AUUGAUUCACGACCAGUUCGUGAUAAUAAACGUCUCUAGUGGCGUUAGUGUUGUUCUGUAUUCUUUGAACCGGCUGGAGACGCCGGCAAGGGGACUGGACUGGUAAACAUGGGACGGGCAACAUUCAUCAGCCUCUCGAGUCGUUUGUCAGUGUUUGCUUUUGCAAGCAUGGCAGUAUUCUGUGCGACCGCAUUCGCAACAUGCCAUCCUAACUGCACAUGCACCAGCACCCAUGUGACGUGCAAAAACGUACCAGUGCCGAGUUUGUCAGUGUUUAAAACCUCCACCACGAAUCUGGCCAUCGAGAACGGCGGGAUUUCUAUUUCCCAGGAUUAUGGACGAUUUCCUAACCUGACUUACCUGAAUCUACCACUAAAUGCUUUUUCGUAUGUGGGAGAGGACCAGUUCCAGAAUAUCACGAAACUAAGAAUACUUGGUUUGGACCACAACACUUUCCGGGAGUUUCCACCGAAACUACUCUACAGUCUUCUAGAUCUUCGACUUUUUGGUUGCCGUGUGAACAGGCUGACAUACUUGCCUCCAAACUUCUUCCUUAAAAAUCGCAAGAUCACUGAAAUAUGGAUUGGAUAUAAUCAAUACAAGAAGUUGCCAUUUAAUCUCUUCACCGGAUUGUCAGUCACGCACUUUCAUAUGUCAGAUGAAUACAACACUAUGAUCGAUGAUGUGUCAAUGUGUCCCAUCGCUCAAGUUAUAUCUCGUGGCCCAGCCUAUCUUGACACCUCAAGAUUGAAGUUGACAGCAGUGGACUUUAUGUUGUUUUCGUGUAGAGGAGCACAUAUCGGAUGUUACCAUGACGACAAUAGUACCAAAUUCUUCUGCCAGUGUCCGAGCGGCGAACGAUACUAUGGCCGCGACCUUGGUUGCAAAGCUGCGAGCACCUGCAACCACACCGCUCAAGACCUGUACACAGAAUGUUCCGCCCACCCAACCUGCACACUGAUCUCCCUAACCUUGGGCUACAGCUGCAGCUGCCAAGCAGGGUUCAGUUUGUCCAAGUAUGGGUCCACCUGCGAGCAACUCAAUGAAUGCCUCAACUCAACGUUAUGUGCAGUGAAUGAAGUUUGUGAAGACACGUACGGAAGCUACAAUUGCAAAUGCAAGCAAGGAUACUUCAGAUUACACGGAGGUUGCAAGAAUGCCAACGAAUGUGCUGUUAAUGUCUCCACACUCUGUGCAAAGAACGAAGUAUGCAUAGACACACCGGGAUCGUACAAGUGUCAAUGUUCAACUGGAUUUUCCGAAACAAGAGGACUAUGCGUGGACAACAAUGAAUGUAACUUAACCAGUAGCAGUGCUGUCACAUGUCCACAGAACUCAACUUGCUUAAAUACAAUCGGGUCGUAUGAGUGUAGGUGUGAUGCUGGCUUCCAGGAUAUCCUACAACCCACAUCGCCAACAUCUCCUCGUUGUGAAAACAUUGAUGAAUGCUGUAAUGGCCAGGCUACGUGCUCUGCUGAUAUGCAAUGCAAUGAUACCGUGGGAUCAUAUCAAUGUCUGUGCAAAACGGGAUUCCGCUGGCAAGAUCGGCUUGCCCGGUGCAAUGACUCGGAUGAAUGUAGCUCAAGCAGCAGCACUGAACUGUGCCCGCGUAACUCAGCGUGUCGCAACUUGGUUGGAUCUUACUAUUGCCUAUGUCAAGCGGGUUACCAGGACAUGCGAACUCAAACUGAGAGCUACUCACCAUCCACGUCCGUCUUGUGUGAAAAUGUCAACGAAUGCCAUGGUGGAAGUGUGAUGUGCGGUUUAAACGAGCACUGCAAUGAUACUGAAGGAAGCUAUCGAUGCGUUUGCAAGGCGGGAUUUUCCCUUCAAGGGGAAGAUCACGUUUGUGAAAAUAUCAACGAGUGUCAAACCUCUGCUGGGAAUCCCUGUACGGACACAUCACAGUGCAUUGACACCGAUGGAUCAUUUGUGUGUCUGCCAACUUGGCGUGGAGAAGCUCUUUUCUCAUCGUCGACAUCCAGCAAAGCAAGUGAUAGCACUACAAGCACAACAGCAGCUGUUCAAAUCGCCACGCUAGCCGUGGGAACCAUACUGCUCGCUUGUGCCAUCGCGAACCUUCUCGUGGUCAGUAAGGUGAGAAAACAACAGCAGUGUGACAAGAGAAUGCACUUAGAAAAUGCGAAGCGCGAUCACGAGAUGCAGGAGGUUAUCCUUCACCCCAGGCCUGGGUUUCCAAACCAUGCACGGCUGGGCAAUGCUCAAGCUGAACCUUCGACAGUGACCGCCAACAUCGGAUCCACCUUUGCUCCUCAUGCAAACAAUCCACGGCCUGGCUUCACCAACAUCAACUCUCACAAGGCGCGAUACCAGGACACUUCCCGACAAGGUGGCUUGGUACACAAUGAGGCAUAUGGCUUUCACCCGAGCACGAGCAUACAACACGGUAAUGAGCAUAACCCACACCUGGAGUCCAUGAUGAGUUCUCCUAGCUUCGACGAACCGGACUACGAAAUGACCACGUAAACGGUGAGCACAC